GGGCUGGAGAAUGGCGACUCCUCGCUCAGGGAUGGAGUUCUGGAGCGGACAGGCCCCUGCGCCAGAUGGCCGUUCUGCCUGCACCUCCGUCCCCGCGCCCGGGAGCUCCGAGCAGCCUCGCCCCGCAGGCCGCUGCCGCCCGGCAGGUGGCGGACGCUGGGAUGGUGCCUCGCGGGCAGGGGCAGGGCCUUGCGCCCAGACGUCCUUGGCAGCACCGGCCUGGGUUAGGGCGGGGCUGUCACCCGCACGCUGUGCUCCGGGACCGACCCGAGAGGGGGGGCGCCUUUGUCUCAGAGGGAAGCUGUGCUCCUCACUGCCCCCCCCCCCAUGUUUUGUCUCUGCUGCUCCCCACGCCCCUCUUGCUGAUGUGCUGUCUCUCUGACCUCAGGCUCCGGGAGGAGGGCACCAGCCCGCGGUGAGACGCAGGGAGGAACGGCCGGCGCCUUCCCAGCCCCAGCCGGGCGCCCGGGGCCGGUCCCUGAGCUCAGAGCGGCCGGGGGCUCCGGAGGACGGAAGCAGCCCGGGAGCAGAUGGUCCGGCGCCGGGAGCCGGACAACGAGGGCCUCACGGCCGCUCCCCUGGGGCUCUGCCGCCUCAGGGCGGGAGGUAGCCCGGCGCCGGGGAGGGGGUGGCCAAGGUAGGAAGAGGCACCAUGGGCGUGCAGGAGCUGUGCCCCGGCCCCGGCCCCAAGCAGGAGGCCCCGCGGGUGGCGGCGAAGAGGCAGGCCUGGGCGGAGGUGAGGAGACCAGCUGGGGUGUCCCGGGCGGGCAGCUUUCACCCACCCCGUCUGCAGGCCACAUGGCACCUCAGGCUGCUUCAGCCGAGCAGCGCAGGAGGGGCCGCGGGCCUUCCCGGCAGCACCGCGCCCUCACGGCCUCCCCGGCCACCGCCGCAGCCUGUCUGCUUGCUCCCGACCCUGGUCAUUUUCCUCAUAAACCCUCCCUUUGCUCCUCUCCCUGCCCUCCUCCCCUCCAUGGCACCGCUGCUCCCUGCCCCUCCCUGCUGUGGUUUCCCUUCUGGGCCCAGCUCCCGGAGCCCUCUCUUCCAGGAGCCGGUCACCCUGGAGGACGUGGUGGUGCGCUUCAGCCCGGAGGAGUGGGCAUGCCUGGACGCCGGUCAGAGGGCCCUCUACCAGGACGUCAUGGCCGAGACCCUCCGAGCCCUGCUGUCUGUGGCGCUCACACCGCACAGGCAGCCUGCUGCCCCUUCAGGGAGGGCCCCUCAGGGACCUCAGCUCUUCCUCCCGCCCUCCCUGCAGCCAGAACCGCCUCGUCUAAUGCAGCCCUGGCCGCCGAGCUGGAGGAAGAAGAGCAGCGCUGGAGAGCAGCCCUCCUUCCCGCGCGCGGGGGCGGCCACCCUGCAGGUGCCCGGGCUUGGGGAGCUUAUGGCCGCGGGCCAGAGGGCGGAGGGCCUGCCUGUGGCCGCUUGUCAGGGGCUCCUUUCCUCGCUGUCUCUUCUCCGUCCGGCAGGAGGCGAGGAGCAGCCCGGAGGCAGGGGCUCGGGCCCGAGCUCUUCCCCAGCGGGGCCCCUGGGCGGGACCCCCGAGCCGUCGGCGUCCGGGGCGCGGCCCCCCUUCCCCUGCCCCGUCUGCGGCAAGGGCUUCAGCAAGCGCUGCAGCCUGCGCCACCACCAGCGCGCCCACGGCCGGGAGCGCCCGAACCGCUGUGGCCAGUGCGGGAAGGCCUUCCGCAGCCCCAAGGCCCUGGCCGACCACGGGCGCACGCACCUUGGGGAGCGGCCCUUCCGCUGCGGCCUCUGCGACAAGACCUACUGCGACGCCUCGGGCCUGAGCCGCCACCGCCGCGUGCAUCUGGGCUACCGGCCGCACUGCUGCCCGCGCUGCGGCAAGGCUUUCCGCGACCGCUCCGAGCUCAAGCGCCACCAGCGGAUCCACGGCGCCGCGGCGCCGGCGGGCAGCCAUGUGCCGGCGGCCCGGACCCAGGAGGCCGCAAGCAGGGCCCAGGGCCCGGCAGCUGGGCUGCGGCCGCCCGCCGACAGGAUCCCGGUGCUCGUGGUGAGAGCGCAGGCCCCCGCGCCGGCGCCCCGGGGCCCGAGCACCGGGCCCCAGGCCCCCCUGCAGGAGCAUUCGGCGCGCAGGGCCUCCGCCGGCCCUCCCCGCCCCCUGGCCCCGCGCCCCCGGCACCAGGAGCCCCGCCGCGGCCGCUGCGGCCAGUCCUGCCGCUCGGCCCCGGGGCCGCUCCGCCACCAGCAGCUCCAGGGCGCGCCGGGCUACCGCUGCCCCGUCUGCGACCUGUGCUUCAGGGAGCGGGAGGCCCUGGUGGUGCACUGGCGGGGCCCCCGCGGCGAGGGGCUGUGCCGGGCGGUCCUGGGCCGGUGGCUGGGCCUCUCGCCGCGCCCUCCCUGUGGCCGGGAGCGCAGUGGGUCUCCGAGGGGCCGCACCCCCAGGAGGCGGCAGAGCAGGAAGGGAGAAGAGGUGCGGAGGAAGAGAAGCCGCCGGGGCGCAGACAGCCUUGGACGCGAGUAGACGCGCUGCCGACGGAGGACGGGCGGACGCAGGCCGGCGGAGCGGCGGAGGCAGAGGCGCAGGAACACCCCGUUUCUGUCUCACCCCAUAGAGCAGGCUGGUUGAGCAAAACGGUGGUGCAUGGACAUGGAGGAAGGGAAGGGUGGGGAAGUCGAGGCUGGAAGUACAAGGCGGCCACCACCCCUUGGUCCCCGGCUCCUCAGGAGGCCCAGGCGGGGCUCGGCCCGGAGCUGGCUCUCCCAGCCCCGCUGCAGCUCACUCUGCCUUUGGUUUUUGGACUCAGCAUGUUCCCACCUCCACUCAGCCGCUUGGGACUGCGUCACUGCGAUUGGCACGCUGUGGGAGGCAGCGGCCCCGCCCUCCGCGCCCCGCAGAGACGCGAGCGCCUGCGGGCGUCGGGGUGGAAGGCAGGAGGCGGAAAGAUGUAGGUACAGCCCUGGCUGGUGUGGCUCAGGGCACCGUGUCAGCCUGCGGACUGAAGGGUCCUGGCUUCGAUUCUGGUCAAGGGCACAUGCUCAGGUUGUGAGCUGG